GAUCUUCCUGACGUUUAUUGGAUCACAUCAAAUCACCUGCAGAGUAUAAAUACAGAGUGAAGAGCUCAGUCGGUCACAGACGUCAUCAGGAUCACCCAGGUGUCCAUUUGUCUGGUCAUCAUGAAGGUCUUUGCAGUAAUCCUUGUCCUGGCAGUUUUAUCAGGCUGCCAUGCCAGGAGCGUCCCUCAGAAAACCUCGUGGGAGGAGGCGCUGGACGACUUUCAGACGUACUUCACAGACCUGAGCUCGAAGGCGGAUGAGAUGGUGAAGGACGCGAGGAGUUCUCAGAUCGGCAGAGAGCUGGACACCCUGAUUCAGGACAGCAUGUCGGAGCUGACCAUGUACAGGGACGACGUGCAGACCAAGCUGGCCCCCUACACCCAGGAGGCCGCAGAGCGUCUGGGCACAGACCUGCAGCAGCUGGGCGACAAGCUCCGCGACCACCUGGGGGAGGCCCGGGAGCAGAUGGAGAAAUACCACCAGGAGCUGCAGACCAUGAUGGAGCAGAACGUAGAAGACGUCAGGGUCCGAGUCAACGCCUACUCCCGCAAGCUGAAGAAACGCCUCAACAAGGACACACAGGAGAUCAAGAGACAUGUCUCUGACUACAUGGAAACCCUUCAGUCCAGAACCUCAGACAACGUGGAGGAGAUGAGGACACGCUUCGACCCUUACUUCACUCAGGUGCGAGACAACGCUCAGGCCAAGAUCACCACCCUGAACGACCUGCUGAAGUCCCAGGUGGACGACAUGAAGGACAGGAUCCAGCUCACAGCCGAAGGCGUCAAGGAGUCCUUUGAGAAAACGGCCACCGACAUGAGGUCCACCCUGGGGGAGAAGAUGGAGGAGGUCCGCAGCUGGUUUCAGCCUUACAUCUCCGUCUUCACUGACAACCUGUAAAACCUGAAAUCAAUAAUCAAUAAUCUGGCCUGACUCAGUUGAUCCACCAGAGUCUGUGAGAAAAGCCACCUGAGAAUCUCAGAUAUGAAAAGUCUUUGUUUCAUCACUGAUGUCCACCACAGUCUGAAGUGUCUCUAAUAAAAACCAGCUGCUCACACA